CCUAUUAAAACAACCAGCAAGUCUCACUUGUUAAAAGACCCCCUUAAGUUGGAGAAGGCAGAAAGGCAAUAGCAGGAAAGAAAAAGUCAAGACGUCUGGAAAAAAUUACCCAGUCCCUACUCUGAGAAGCUCAUUGAACUAGGGACUUGAACUGGCCGGCAUCAGCCAAAGAAGACUUUCUCCUGAUGCUGCACAUCUUGGGAGGACUUCUGCUGACUCUUCAUGAGCAGUAGCUUUUUUAACUGAAAGGACACCUUUUCAUAUAUAGAGCUGGAAGCAGGAGGAGAAAUUUUAGUAAUUUAUUUUAAGGGCACAAGCAAUACACGUCGAGAGUUUGAGACCCAAAGCUGAAUUUAAAUAAUAAGUACAGAAAAUAAUAAUUACAAUAUCCAUUAAAAGUGGGAAAAACAGCUCAUCUUAGGAUUUCCACAGAACCCCUCUUUUUAAUGUUAUUUCUUAUUUUUUUAAUUUUUUUGGCCGGCCGUCUCAAAUUCAUCUGAUCUCUUAUUACCUCAAUUUUGGGAACUGCUCACUACCAACCAACUGGGACCACACAGCAGACUGAAGAAGACCUUUAUGACCAAAAGCUGAGCAAGAUGCAUUGUGAGAGGUUUAUCUGUAUCCUGAGAAUAAUUGGAACUACCCUUUUUGGAGUCUCCCUCCUCCUGGGGAUCACAGCUGCUUAUAUUGUUGGCUACCAGUUUUUCCAAACGGAAAAUUAUUAUUUCUCUUUUGGACUGUAUGGUGCUUUCUUAGCCUCACAUCUUAUCAUCCAAAGCCUGUUUGCCUUUCUAGAGCACAGGAAAAUGAGAAGAUCACUAGAAACUCCUAUUAAGUUGAACAAAUCUGUGGCUCUUUGCAUUGCUGCAUACCAAGAAGACCCUGAUUACUUAAGAAAAUGUUUACUUUCUGUGAAAAGACUAACCUACCCUGGGAUUAAGGUGGUCAUGGUCAUCGACGGCAAUUCCGACGAUGACCUGUAUAUGCUGGAGAUCUUCAGAGAUGUCAUGGGCAGGGACACAGCGGCCACGUACAUCUGGAAGAAUAACUUCCACACCAAAGGCCCCGGUGAGACGGACGAGUCACAUAAAGAGAGCUCACAGUACAUAACCCAACUGGUCUUGUCCAACAAAAGUAUUUGCAUCAUGCAAAAAUGGGGUGGAAAAAGAGAAGUAAUGUAUACAGCAUUCAAAGCACUGGGGAGGAGUGUGGAUUAUGUGCAGGUGUGUGACUCAGACACCAUGCUUGAUCCUGCCUCAUCUGUGGAGAUGGUCAAAGUCUUGGAGGAAGAUCCUAUGGUUGGAGGCGUUGGUGGAGAUGUGCAGAUUUUAAAUAAAUAUGAUUCUUGGAUCUCAUUCCUAAGUAGCGUGAGAUACUGGAUGGCUUUCAACAUAGAGAGAGCUUGUCAGUCCUAUUUUGGCUGCGUCCAGUGCAUCAGUGGACCCUUGGGAAUGUACAGAAACUCUUUGCUUCAUGAAUUUGUGGAAGACUGGUACAAUCAAGAAUUUAUGGGCAACCAGUGUAGCUUUGGAGAUGACAGGCAUCUGACUAAUCGAGUGCUGAGCCUGGGGUAUGCCACAAAAUAUACUGCCCGAUCUAAGUGCCUUACAGAAACACCAAUAGAGUACCUGAGAUGGCUAAACCAGCAGACCCGAUGGAGCAAGUCCUACUUCCGAGAGUGGCUGUACAAUGCCAUGUGGUUCCAUAAACAUCAUUUGUGGAUGACCUACGAAGCUGUUAUCACUGGAUUUUUUCCUUUCUUCCUCAUUGCCACAGUUAUCCAGCUAUUCUAUCGGGGGAAAAUCUGGAACAUUCUCCUCUUUCUAUUGACCGUCCAGUUUGUGGGUCUCAUCAAGGCUUCCUUUGCUAGCUGCCUAAGAGGGAAUAUCGUCAUGGUUUUCAUGUCCUUGUAUUCAGUGUUGUACAUGUCAAGUUUACUCCCAGCAAAGAUCUUUGCCAUUGCCACCAUCAACAAGGCAGGGUGGGGCACAUCAGGAAGGAAAACCAUCGUUGUGAACUUCAUAGGACUCAUCCCAGUGUCCAUCUGGUUUACAAUCCUUCUCGGUGGUGUGAUCUUCACCAUUUACAGAGAGUCCAAAAAGGAAUUUAGUGAUUCUAAACAGACAGUUCUUAUCAUCGGUUCAUUAGUCUACGCAUGCUAUUGGGUGAUGCUAUUGACGCUUUAUGUGGUACUCAUCAGCAAAUGUGGCAGGCGGAAGAAGGAGCAACAGUAUGACAUGGUGCUUGAUGUAUGAGUUUACUUUAACUAAAGUUUGCAAGCACACACAUACACACAACACUUUAGUCAUCUUCUCUAGGGACUGUAAUGAACCAGGUGGUUUCAUGUCCUUGUAUUCAGUGUUGUACAUGUCAAGUUUACUCCCAGCAAAGAUCUUUGCCAUUGCCACCAUCAACAAGGCAGGGUGGGGCACAUCAGGAAGGAAAACCAUCGUUGUGAACUUCAUAGGACUCAUCCCAAUGUCCAUCUGGUUUACAAUCCUUCUCGGUGGUGUGAUCUUCACCAUUUACAGAGAGUCCAAAAAGGAAUUUAGUGAUUCUAAACAGACAGUUCUUAUCAUCGGUUCAUUAGUCUACGCAUGCUAUUGGGUGAUGCUAUUGACACUUUAUGUGGUACUCAUCAGCAAAUGUGGCAGGCGGAAGAAGGAGCAACAGUAUGAUGACAUGGUGCUUGAUGUAUGAGUUUACUUUAACUAAAGUUUGCAAGCACACACAUACACACAACACUUUAGUCAUCUUCUCUAGGGACUGUAAUGAACCGGGCGGGGGCAUUGUCACCAAGGGAAAUACUUCACUGCUGCUGGGACUUGAACAUUCAAUUUCUAUGGGUUGAUUUUGAUUCUGCCAAAGUAAAAUGAUAGAUCAUACAAGGAUAAACUCAGAUUUAACCUGUUAUUUCUAUGAAAACGAGAUGAAUUCUUUGUUUAUGCACUUUUUCCUUACUGUGCAUAUGCCUGACAGUGUUUUGCCUCAUAUACCUCACUAGUCAUGCUUCUGUGGGUUCUCAAGCAAGAAAAGCAUUCGAAAUCUCAAGGAAAAGUUAUUUAAACUUCUACAAUCUAAUUUAUGGGCUGUUUUUGAUAGAUUUUUUAAAAAAUAAUUUUUAGAAAAAGUCUUCUCUUUUAGUCUGCCAAACACAAUGCCAAAGGAGAAUUUAAAAGCCCAGUGGGUUGGCUGUAUUUUUAUACUAUUGUAUUGUGUGUGUGUGUUUUUUUUGUAUGAUGACUUUUCCAACACAAUUUUCACAUAUUCUUUAUUCUACUUUUCUGCCAAAACCCACCUCUACUUCCUUUUUAAACAGAUUUCAAAAGAAUUCAUACUUAAAAAACAAAAAACAAAAAACAAACCUGCCCAAAAUGUGAAGCUUUGUUGGCUGAUGCUGUUCAUGACAGAAAGAAUAAAAUAUUUCUCUCUGCUUUUUAAAA